AUGGUGGAACAUACACAAGAUCAAUUGGAACUUCCUGAAUUAUCGACAACGGCAUCUUCAUCACCGGCAUUUAGUCGAAUCAGAACUGUUACUCAGCAUGAAUAUUUUGAACCAUAUCCAACUAUCAAAAGUUGGCUGAAAAAUGAGAUGAAUAAUCCUACACAACAUAUCAAAAAUUACUUUCUUUCUUAUUUGCCAUUUAUCAAUUGGAUUUAUCGAUACAAUUUAACAUGGUUUUGGGGUGAUCUUAUUGCAGGCUUGACUGUCGGUGCUAUUGUGAUACCACAAAGUAUGGCAUAUGCUGGAUUGGCCAAAUUAGCACCACAAUUUGGAUUGUAUAGUUCAUUUGUUGGAGUCAUGAUUUAUUGGCUUUUUGCUACUAGCAAGGAUAUUAGUAUUGGACCAGUGGCAGUUAUGUCAACAUUAACUGGUAAUGUAGUAGAAGCUGUACAUAAAGAAUAUCCUCAAUAUGAAUUCCACACCAUUGCAUCAAGUUUAUCUCUCAUUGCUGGUUGUAUAGUUUUUGCUCUCGGCAUGUUUCGUCUUGGUUUUAUAGUCGAUUUCAUUCCUCUACCAGCUUUAGCAGCAUUUAUGACUGGAUCAGCAUUAAAUAUUGCUAUGGGACAAAUACCAACACUAAUGGGUAAUAAUAAAUAUUUGAAUACACGUGCAUCAACUUAUUUAGUUUUUGGUAAUUUUUGGAAACAAAUUCCACAUUGUAAUUUAAAUGCUGCACUUGGUUUAACAUCACUUUUUCUACUUUAUUUAAUUCGUUUUAUUUGUCUUCGUGCAAGUAAACGUUUUCCAACAAAAGAAAAAUUAUUUUUUUUUAUUAGUACACUUCGUGCUGUAUUUGUUAUUCUUCUUUAUCUUUUUAUUUCAUGGUUAAUCAAUCAUAAUGAUCCUAAAAAUCCACG